AUGGCCGGGGCCGCCGCUGCCUCGCCGGGCACCGAAGGCCUGCCGCGCGCCUUCCUGCAGAGCCUGCGCACACUCUUCGACAUCCUGGACGACCGGCGGCGCGGCUACGUGCACCUGCGCGAGAUCGAGACCCGCUGGCAGGGCGCCGACGCCCGGGAGCUACCCCGCGGCGUGCUCGAAGGGCUGCGGCGGGAGGCCCCGGCCAGCGGCUACCUCACCUUUGAGCGCUUCGUGGCCGGCCUGCGCUCCGCCCUGCCCGGCCCCGGGGACGACGAGCCGCGCGACCUGCUGGAGCUGGAGCACAAGGCGCUGCCGCCCCGGGGCCUGGAGCACGAGCCGCAGCCGCCGCCCCAGGGCACUGUGGGCUGCAGGGCCUGGGAGCCAACGGUAGGCAAUGGUCAGCACGGGCCCCGGGCCCGAGGACUACGGCGAAGACACACCAUCACCAACGGUGUGGACUGCAAGCUGCUAAAGCAGCUGGAGGAACUGGAGCAAGAGCAAGACUUGCUACUGCAGGGCCUGGCCAUGAUGGCACGUGGCCGGGACUGGUACCAGCAGCAGCUGAAGCGCGUGCAGGAGCGUCAGCGCCGACUGGGCCAGAGCAAGGCCAGCGCCGACUUUGGGACGGAGGGAAGCUCAAGUCUGCUGGGGCGCCUGCUACCCAAAAUCCAGGAGGUGGCACGGUGCUUGGGAGAGCUGCUGGCCUCAGCCUGUGGCCCCAGGGCUCUGCCCUCGUCCCUGUCCUCCGGGCUCCCAGCCUCAUCCCCCAUCCCUGGCUGGCAGCAGCAGCAGCAGCAACAGCAACAGACCAUCAUGAUGCUGAAGGAGCAGAAUCGGCUUCUCACCCAGGAGGUGACGGACAAGAGCGAGCGCAUCACUCAGCUGGAGCAGGAGAAGUCGGCCCUCAUCAAGCAACUGUUUGAGGCCCGCGCCCUCAGCCAGCAGGACGCUGGACCGUUGGACUCGACGUUCAUCUAGCACAGCUCGUGGGAAGUGGAGGGCAGCACCUCCUCCUCCGAAGACUCAAGGCGACUGCCAGCCCGGACUCACCCCUGCCCACCGUCACCCUUUCACUCUUCAAGCCGCCCCAAGCCCCCUCCCAGCAAGGACUCAUCCUGGUGAGCGGUGUGAGCAACACCUGCAGCUGCUCUUCCAUGGCCAGUGGGCGGUGCAGGACCACCCCCGCAUUUCCAAGGCCUGGAGCAACCUUGCCCUCAAUUUUACAGUGGUUCUGUUCUGUCCUGGUCCCCUAGUAAAACAUUCCCAGCCACA